AUGGAGGAAGUGGAGAAUGCUUACGAGUGGAUCGAGAAGAAACUUGUGUCUGAGCCACAAGUCAUGGGAUGGCAAUCGGCGUUUAUAAAUGGGCUUUUGGAGGCUGAUGUGGCUCCGUACAACGGGUUUACGUACAAUCAUAUCAACGGGACGAAGGUCGGUGGUACGAUCUUUGAUGUCGGUGGCCAUAGACACUCAGCGGCAGAUCUGUUAGAGUAUGCUAAUCCGGACAUGAUUGUUGUAUACGUGAACGCUACAGUGCAUAAGAUUCUCUUCACCACCGAAGGAGUCCAAAGACCUAAAGCACAUGGAGUGAUAUACAAGGACGGAGAUGGAGUGUACCACAAGGCAGAACUGGCGGAAAAUGUAAUGAACGAGGUGAUUCUGUCUGCGGGUGCCCUAGGAAGCCCGCAGCUAUUGAUGUUGAGCGGUGUAGGUCCAAGGGCUCAUCUUGAGUGCCACGGGGUGAAUCAUGUGGUCCUAGAUCACCCCAUGGUUGGAAAAGGGAUGGGAGAUAAUCCGAUGAACAGUGUUAUCAUCCCUUCUCCUCUACCUGUAGAACUGGUUCCCCCAUCGAUCGUUGGGAUCACCGAGUUUGGUAGUUUCAUUGAAGGCUCGUCACUAGACGUAUUAAGGCAGACACCCUCCACCAAAUCAAUCGCACACUUUGUCCAAUUCAUGAAUCUUCGAUUGAGCGGGAUGUCAAAUAGUGCUUUGAUCCUUCAGAAAGUUGAUGGACCGGUCUCAAGAGGUUACUUGGAGCUUCAGAACACAAAUCCAGAUGAUAACCCAUCCGUGACAUUCAACUACUAUCAAGAGCCUGAGGAUCUUAAAAAGUGUGUUAAAGGACUUGACACUAUUAUUAAAGUGCUAAACUCGAAGGCUUACUCAAAGUAUAAGUAUCCGGAUUCUACCCCACUUGAACUUCUCAGUCUCAUGCUGAGCCUUCCCAUCAAUCUAAGGCCAAGGUACGAGACCGCAGUGUCCAACAUGACGCAGUUUUGCAUCGACACCGUGAGGACUAUUUAUCAUUACCAUGGAGGUUGCCAAGUUGGAAGAGUUGUCGACAAGAAUUACAAAGUCUUUGGCAUUGAUUCCCUAAGGGUCAUCGAUGGAUCCACGUUUCUCAAGUCUCCGGGAACUAACCCGCAAAGCACAGUCAUGAUGCUCGGAAGGUACAUGGGACAGAAGAUUAUUCAAGAGCGAGUUUCUUUCGUGGGAAAUCAUGAUGAUGAUUCGAUCAAUAGAAAUGAGGCUAAUAUAUACCUUUUAUCGUCCAAAUAA